AUGACACGACCAGGAGAGCCACUGCCAGACGACAAGCCCACAAGCGUGCCACUCAACCUGAUCCUCAACAUCAUUUACCCUAAGCCAGAUAAAAUCGCAAGCGGCAUAGAACAAUUGCAUCCCGUCGACCAAGAGACGCGAACUAUCAACGACGUUUUCCUCAUGGACUUCGCCCAGCCAUCAUACGAGCUUCUCACAAUUUACAUCGAGAUGCGGCUCGCAGUGCAAAAGAACAAGCUUACCAUUGCUGCUCCAUGUCGCCUGGAUUCGAAGACAUACGUCCAUUGGAAAGAUGGCGAGAAGGAACCUGUGAGCAAUGAGACGUGGGAGAGCAUAAGCCAGCAUUUCAGAGCUAUGCUGGAGAGAGGCGAUGAAGCAUAA